AUGCUCAGUAUGCCUUCAGGCUCUGGGGCCAUUAAGUCAUCUAACUGGAAUAAUAAUCAGACUGAUUACUCCAGUCUCAGUGAUUCGCAGUUCCUCUUUGGAUCCCAGUUUUGUCCAGAAAAUUCAGAGACCCUGUCAGCACCCUUGGACAUUGGUACCCACUUAAGACAUCCAAAACAGUCACAACAGAAUUCUCUGGACAGUGAACCUAGUAUCUUCACAAAGUACCAGACAAAACCCCAGCUAUUUGGAGGAGAUAGAACGGAUGGAGGCUUAUUUCCUCCUCCUUUAUCAGUUGGAAAAUCAAAAGGCCUCUUGGAACAGUUUGAGGAGAAAAAGAAACUGGCAAAAGACAAAUGUGACAGUGAGACUCUAUGCAGCUUUAUUUCCCGUGUCAGAGAAAGUAUUCACAGGUUGCAGACAUCUGUGGAGAAGUCUGAGGAACAUCUCAGUUCAAGAAGUCAAACUAUUUUGGAUUCUUUGGAGACUGUGGCCAAGACAUUGCAAGAGACUUCGAAGGCCCAGAGUGACCUGGUACUUGAGGCAGUGCAGGACAAAGGCAGCACGGAGCAGACCAUCCUGGAGAUGCAGAAGAGAUUUGAAGCUAGACAAGCAGAGUUUAUAGAAAUGAAGUCUAACCUGAAGCACCUUGAAGUCUUAGUUGCCCAGCAGAACAAGGAGUUCCAGAAGCUGUGUGAGCAUCUAGUCCAGCUGAACGUACCCAGUGUCCUGGCAGAUCUGAAGAAAUUUAUCUCAGCGCCUCGAGUACAUGAGCAUGUGAAAGACAGCGCUUCCCAGACCUCACCAGCUCCAGCCCAGAGCCUCAAUUUUACCAGGCAGGAAAAAUCAGCCUCUGAGGGACCAGUUAUGUGGCAGGCCCAGCUGCUCCCUGCUGCAUGGAACCCCAGUGUGGGUUCCCUGUGGCCCAGAGAGUCUGGUGUCUGGGGUAAGGGAGGAAAGAGUGAUAUUCUCCAAGAAGAGGCCACGCUGCCAGCAGCUGGUCUCAGUAAAGGAAACAAACAUGUACAGGACAAGGAGGUGCAGACUAACUCUGAGCAUUGUGUUCUUACUAAAAUAGAACGCAAGAACCAUGGCCUCAGCAUCCUGGGCCACAAGGUUCCUGGCAACAGGGACCUGGUCUCUCAGGGAGCCUCGCGGCUUGUAUCCUUAGAUUUAAACAACUUUGCAGCCAGCACUGAGAACUCCUGCCAAGAAUAUCAUGCCAAAGAUGUGUUUUCAUGUGACCCCCGUGGACAAAGUUUGAUAACAGAACCAAAAGGCAGGACGGUAGAAAGAGGGAAAAAAGGCAAGCAGUGGCAGCCUAGGAAAGCCCACAAAGGUAGGCUCCUGGCCAGGAAGCGAGAACAAACCCCAAGCAAGACCUGUGCUGUCCUAUCUAAAAAUCAGAGCCCUCAACCUCCAGUUUCUGUUCCAAAAAGGCCCUCCCUGGAGCAGCAGGAACCCCUUCAGCAGCCUCUGCGUCUGCUGCGUUCCAGGAGCCCUGCAAAGCCAGCCGGCCCCACUCUGGGAGGGGCAGUCAUGCCCGGUAAGACAGCGAAGGCAGUGCAAGGAAGACUCUUGCAGCUUCGUAGACUUCCUUCCCAAGACAACGGCCUGCUUUCCAGCAGCUCCCAGGGGGAUCACCAGAUGAGCUGGUUCAGCAACCUCAACCUCAGAAGUUCAGAGUCCCCUUUGUGCAAGGAGCCGGGGAAGAAUCUGCUCUAUGACCUGGCUUUUGAUAGCAGUGAUGAUGGCUUCUGACCAGCCCACAGUGACUUCAGCAGAUGGUGUAUUGGUCCCAGCUGGAGGGACAGUUCAGAACAGUUGGACUGACCAACAGCAGAAAGCCCCUGCAGCCUGCUUAGGACCCUCAGGGGCAGAGGCCUUGCUGGGUGAGGUCACUGGGGAGGGAGGCAGACCCGGGGCUCUGGGUGUCAGGUACUGCCCAUGACAAGGGCCCUGUGGGAUAAGUGUACCCUUAUUUAUUGGAAGGAAAAGUGUGCAGACAGAGGUAAUGCAAGCUGGGGCAGUGCCUGGUUAUGGGACAUGAGGAUGACAGCAACUGCACUUGGCAAAAAGGGGGAAUAUCUUGUGAAGGAGGGUCCUCACAAAGUCGCUGCUAUGGCAGCACGGCUCCUGAACACAACAUUUGGUUUUCAGGGUAUCCCCUCUUCAUGACCAGUACAUCUCUGGGCCUCGAGAUUGUUUUGUUUUUUCUUUUUUUUCAUACUUUUAUCCAGUUAUGUGGAAACCCUGAUGGCGUAGUAGUUAAGUGCUAUGGCUGCUAACCAAAAGGUCGGCAGUUCCAAUCCUCCAGUCAUUCCUUGGAAACUCUAUGGGGCAGUUCUACGC